GUGGCUACAAAAAAGGAAGAGAGAGAAGAGAGGGAGAGAAAAAGUGGAGUCUUUACAUCAUUAAACGAGAGACCCACUUCAAUGUCGCUGCAGCAUCACUGGUGUUAGUGGUGGGUUACAGAGGAAGAGGUCUAGUAGAAAAGAAGAAGAAGAAGAUAAGUAAAGGCGUUUGCUUUUUCAAAAUACUUCACCAAAUAAAGGCAUUUCUUAGAAGCAUACCCAAAUCUACUUCUCUUUUCUCUUUUCUCUCUCUUUCUUUCUUCUUGUUGGAUUUAGACUUAAGAGUGAGAAAGAUGGAUGCUGCGGCUCAUUUUAGCAAGGAGAGAGUUUUCAGAGGGUUUCUGGUUUGGUUCUGCAUUUGGGGAUUGCUCUCUCUAACAUGCGCUGGGAGGCUGAGCGUUUCAAGGCAGAAUUUCGAAGUGCACAAGCACUUGAAACGAUUGAAUAAACCAGCCGUUAAGAGCAUUCAGAUGAAUCCUAGUUCAGUCCCAGAACUGAUGUUUGAAGAGAACAAAGUGUCUGAGAAACCAAAAGAGAGAAUCAAUCCAGUCACUCAGUUAUGGCACAAGAAUGGGGUGUGUUCUGAAGGAACCAUACCAGUGAGGAGGUCAAAGAAAGAGGAUGUCUUGAGGGCAAGUUCUGUUAAACGGUACGGCAAGAAGAAGGACCGAACAGUUCCUCUGCCUCGGUCUGCUGAUCCUGAUCUCAUCAACCAAAGUGGUCAUCAGCACGCCAUAGCUUAUGUGGAAGGAGGAAAGUUUUACGGGGCUAAGGCGACUAUUAAUGUCUGGGAACCCAAAGUACAGAGCCCAAAUGAGUUCAGCUUAUCUCAGCUAUGGAUUCUUGGAGGUGCUUUUGGUCAAGAUCUCAACAGCAUUGAAGCUGGUUGGCAGGUUAGUCCGGAUUUAUAUGGUGAUAACAACACGAGACUGUUCACAUACUGGACGAGCGAUGCCUAUCAAGCUACUGGCUGCUACAACCUCCUCUGUUCGGGUUUUAUACAGAUCAACAGUCAAAUAGCAAUGGGAGCCAGCAUUUCUCCGGUCUCUGGCUUUCAUAACCCGCAAUACGAUAUCAGCAUUACCAUUUGGAAGGAUCCAAAGGAAGGGCACUGGUGGAUGCAGUUUGGGGACGGGUAUGUGUUGGGAUACUGGCCAAGCUUUCUAUUCUCAUACUUAGCGGAUAGUGCAUCGAUAGUAGAAUGGGGUGGAGAAGUGGUGAACAUGGAAGAAGACGGUCACCACACGACCACGCAAAUGGGAAGCGGUCAGUUUCCGGAUGAAGGGUUCACGAAAGCGAGUUACUUUCGGAAUAUUCAAGUCGUCGAUAGCUCUAAUAAUCUGAAAGAACCAAAAGGGCUCAACACUUUCACUGAGAAAUCUAAUUGCUAUGAUGUUGAUGUUAGUAAGAAUGACGAUUGGGGACAUUACUUCUACUAUGGAGGUCCUGGAAGAAACCCUAAUUGUCAGUAGAAGAUGAACAGAAGAAAGAAGAUGGUGAAGAUGAAGAUGUAGAGGAACACUUGUAUUGGUUUUUUCAAUGUUUGUGUGAAGUGUGAAAAUAUCGUUUUUGUUGAUUUUUUCUUACACUUUACUAUCUGUCUUUUUUUUUUUGGUUCUGGACAAUUGUUUUUGUAUUUUUGGGUUUCUAGGUUUCGGUUAGGUUUUAGUUUUGGUUUUUGGGUUUUUAUUUGUUUCUUGGGUUGUAAGAGAACAAGUUUGUAAGUGUGGAAAAGAGACGUUUGUAACCUUUAAGAUAAGUAGUGGUACCGGACCUUUGGGUUGUCUUAGAAUCUUUCCUUCGUUGCAUUUGCCUAUGAAUUAGGAAUUUAGGAUGGAGGUUUGAUUCAUUGUACCAAAU